AUGAAGUGCACCGCCGGUGUCGUUCUCGCCAUGUGCGCUGCCGUCCUGGCCAACCCGAUGCCCAAGAAUGGCAACAACGCUGCCGCCGCCGCUGGUGGCAACAACGGCAACAACAACAACAACAACGCCAAUGGAAACGUGGACGCCGCUACGCAGCAAAAGGUGGCCGGCACCAUCCAGAACUGGCUCAAUGACAUCGCCGCCGUGAACAGCUUUGUCGACACGGCCGGCCAGCUCCAGAACAACCAGGACAUCAGCGACGCCGCCGCCCAGGCCUUCGUCGCCGCCCAGGACGAGGGGACCUCCAACACCGACCUCGGCAACGACGUCCAGCUCGACGCCUCUGGCCUUGCCGCGUCCCAGGCCCUACAAGACCAGUUCAACAUCAUCGGGCCGGCGAUCAACGACACCAUCUCCAACCCCCAGAACCUGCAGAAGAACCUCGACGCCAUCAACGGUGCUCGCUGCCCUCCCCCCGCCGGCAACGGUGCCAUCUUUGAGGAGGCCGCCGUCCAGCAGUCUGCCGCUGCCGCCGCCGGCAUCCAGGCCGCCACCCCGGCCCUGCCCAACGCCUGCCAGGUCCUGGCCCAGAAGCAGGUCGACGCCGCUGGCAAGAACAACGACAACGACGCCGAUGCCUCUGGUGCCGACACUGCUGACGCCAACGCUGCUGAUGCCAACGCUGCUGAUGCCAACGCUGCUGAUGCGAAUGCUGCUGAUGCGAACGCCGACUGCGCUGGCGCUGCUGCUGGUGCUGCCAAGGGUGCCGCCAAGGGCAAGCAAAACUAA